AUCUCUUCCACUUGCAUUUAGACACUUCGUUCGCGAGCCACGUGAGAGAAGUAAAAUAUCAAAUAUGGAUAAACCAGUCGUUCUGGCGCGCGUAAUCAAGGUCCUGGGCCGCACCGGCUCGCAGGGACAGUGCACCCAGGUGAAGGUGGAGUUCCUGGGCGAGCAGAAUCGACAGAUCAUCAGGAACGUGAAGGGACCGGUGCGAGAAGGCGAUCUCUUAACCUUGCUCGAGUCCGAACGCGAGGCCAGAAGGCUUCGAUAAUUCACCUUUAACUGAUAUUAUUGAAAAAAAAACGGUCGCCAGCCAUCGCCUACAGGACUUCAGCAUCAGGAUUUUUCUGCGUGAAGAACUUCCCUCGACGCAUGAAUCUCCGUCAUCAUCGAUGAUGAUACUGAAGAGUCAUGCUGAAAAUGAUACUGAAGGACUUCCCUCGACGCAUGGAUCUCCGUCGCCAUCGAUGUUGGUGCUGAUGAUGUUGAUGUUGAUGAUGAUGUUGAUGAUGAUGAUGAUGAUGCUGAUGCUGAUGAUGAUGAUGAUGAUGCUGAAGAUAAUGCUGAAGAUGAUGCUGAAGAUGAUGCUGAGCACCUCUGUCACGUGUCUCACGAAAACUGCCUGUUGAAACGAGAUCGUAUAUUCUGCUCUUGACAAACAUUCCUAACAAUGAAAAUUCCACGAUUUUUUCAAUAAAUCUUGGCUGGUAACCACAAA